AUGCUAAUUCUGGCCUUGUUGCUUUCAUCCUCCCCUAACUCGCGGAAAAAGCAGCGGCUUACGGCCACGUCGGCUUUGAAAACCCGAACUGCCGCUGCCGCUGCCGCUGCCGCCGCUGCCGCUGCCGUUGCCGACCCUCUUGGCAUGGGCGAAAGGCAAACGACAAACAAUGAAAAUGAAGACGGUGAAAUUAGGGGUGGAAGGGGUGGCAGAGGAAGGGCGAGAGGACGAGGAUACACUAGUGCCGCCUCUACAUUUCGCUCAUUCUCUCUCUCACUCCCUCUCCCUCUCCCUCUCUCUCUCUUUGCCUAG